AAUGAGCACAGCAAAGCCAUCCUUGCACGCAGUAAGCUUGAAAGUCUAUGUCGGGAACUCCAGCGGCACAACCGUACACUCAAGGAAGAGGGUGUACAACGAGCCCGAGAAGAAGAGGAAGAGAGAAAGGAGGUCACUUCUCAUUUCCAGAUGACCUUGAAUGACAUCCAGGUGCAGAUGGAACAGCACAACGAACGGAACUCAAAACUUCGACAAGAAAAUGUGGAGUUAGCAGAAAAGCUGAAAAAACUGAUUGAGCAGUACGAACUGAGGGAGGAGCACAUAGAUAAGGUGUUCAAGCACAAGGACUUGCAACAGCAACUUGUGGAUGCAAAGCUACAGCAGGCGCAGGAAAUGCUGAAGGAGGCAGAGGAACGACAUCAACGGGAAAAGGAUUAUUUGUUAAAGGAGGCAGUCAAAUCACAGAGGAUGUGUGAGUUGAUGAAACAGCAGGAAGCUCACCUCAAGCAACAGUUGUCACUUUAUACAGAAAAAUUUGAAGAAUUCCAGAGCACUCUUUCCAAAAGCAAUGAAGUAUUCACUACAUUUAAAAAAGAAAUGGAAAAGAUGACCAAAAAGAUAAAGAAACUUGAGAAGGAAACAACAAUGUAUCGCACAAGAUGGGAAAGUAGUAACAAGGCUCUACUAGAGAUGGCUGAAGAGAAAACUCUUCGCGACAAGGAACUGGAAGGUCUUCAAGUAAAAAUCCAGCGCUUGGAGAAACUUUGUAGGGCGCUUCAAACAGAGCGCAAUGACUUGAGUAAAAAAGUUGAAGAUCUGAGUUCUCAGGUUCAGCAAGGUAGCAGUACACAAGUAUCAAACCACCAGGGGCCCUACAGAGAGAUUCCUGAGAAAGGGACUUCAGCAAUGGAUUCCCCUGUGCUGCCAAGCAUGGAGGCCUCCACUGUUGUAACAGAGACUUUGCAGCCGAGUCGAAGUGUUUUUGCUGUUUUGUGCAAUAUAAUUCAUAAAGACCUGUAA